AUUCAUUGUCAUUCAUUUUACAACAACAGCAACAGCAGUGAACAGCAGCAAGCGUUGCUUUUUUUUUUGUUUAAUUAUUUGAUAAAUAUUGUUGUUGUCUACUGUGUGUGUUGUCAAAUAUAAUAUAUAAAAUUUUCAAUAAAUUAUAAUUAUUUAUCAACAAUAAAUAAUUGAUCCAUAAUAUACAAUUACUUUUAAUUGUUGAAAGAAAAAAAAUGGAUUUCUUAGAGUACCCAGACAUUUAUGGCGAGGUUAAGGGAGCAAUGACACCAGGUCGGCUAAAACUUACAGAUCAACAUCUUAUAUUUAAAAAUCAAAAAACUGGAAAAGUUGAACAAUUGUCAGCAAAUGAUAUGGAAAUGGUUAAUUAUCAAAAAUUUGUUGGUACAUGGGGUCUUCGUAUAUUUUUAAAAAAUGGUCUACUUCAUCGUUAUCGUGGUUUCAAAGAAUCAGAUCUUGAUAAAAUAGCAAAAUUUUUUUCAACAAAUUACAAAAAAGACAUGUUGGAAAAAGAAUUAAGUUUAAAAGGUUGGAAUUGGGGAACAGCAAAAUUUAAUGGUUCUGUAUUGAGUUUUGAUGUUGGUUCAAAUACAGCAUUUGAAAUACCACUUCAUGAUGUAUCACAAUGUACAACUGGUAAAAAUGAAGUUACACUUGAAUUUCAUCAAAAUGAUGAUGCACCAGUUAGUUUAAUGGAAAUGCGUUUUCAUAUACCAACAAGUGAUUCAAUUGAACAAGAUCCAGUACAACAAUUUCAUGAUAGAGUUAUGGAAAAAGCAUCAGUUAUUAGUGUUAGUGGUGAUGCAAUUGCAAUAUUUCGUGAAAUUCAAUGUCUUACACCACGUGGUCGUUAUGAUAUUAAAAUAUUUCAAACAUUUUUUCAACUUCAUGGUAAAACAUUUGAUUAUAAAAUACCAAUAUCAACUGUUUUACGUUUAUUUUUAUUACCACACAAAGACAAUAGACAAAUGUUUUUUGUUGUUAGUUUAGAUCCACCAAUAAAACAAGGACAAACACGUUAUCAUUAUCUUGUAUUAUUAUUUAAUCAAGAUGAUGAAACAUCAAUUGAAUUACCAUUUACUGAUAGAGAAUUAAAAGAAAAAUAUGAUAAUAAAUUAACAAAAGAACAAUCAGGACCAACUUAUGAAGUACUUGGUAAAAUUAUGAAAGUUAUUAUUAAUCGUAAAUUAACUGGACCUGGUAAUUUUGUUGGUCAUUCAAAUACACCAGCAAUUGGAUGUUCAUACAAAGCUACUGCUGGUUAUUUAUAUCCACUUGAACGUGGUUUUAUAUAUGUACAUAAACCACCAGUACAUAUACGUUUUGAAGAAAUAUCAUGUGUUAAUUUUGCACGUGGUGGUGGUUCAACACGUUCAUUUGAUUUUGAAAUUGAGCUAACAUCUGGUGUUAAUCAUACAUUUAGUUCAAUUGAAAAAGAAGAAUAUGGAAAAUUAUAUGAUUUUAUAACAAAUAAAAAAUUACGUGUUAAAAAUCGUGGUAAAGGUGAAGCUAAUGGUUAUAAUAAUGAUUUUGGUGAUAGUGAUCAAGAAGAACCUGAUGCAUAUUUAGAAAGAGUUAAAGCUGAAGCUAAAGAACGUGAUGAUGAUGAUGGACAAGAUUCAGAAGAUGAUGAAUCAACUGAUGAAGAUUUUAAUCCAACUCAAGAUGAAAGUGAUGUUGCUGAAGAAUAUGAUUCAAAUCCAGCAACAUCUGAAGACAGUGAUGCUGGAUCAGAUGCAUCUGGUGGUGAUGGUGAUGGUAGUGAUACUGGUAAUAAAAAAGAAAAAAAACACAAAAAAAAAUCAAAAAGUGCUAAAACAGUAUCAGAAAAACCACGUAAACCAAGAAAACAAAAAAAAGAAAAAGAUGAAAAUAAACCAAAACGUCCAGCAACUGGAUUUAUGUUAUGGCUUAAUGCAACAAGAGAACAAAUUAAAAAAGAUAAUCCAGGUAUAAGUGUUACUGAAAUUGCUAAAAAAGGUGGUGAACUUUGGAAAGAAUUAAAAGAUAAAACAGAAUGGGAACAAAAAUCAAAUAAAUUAAAAAAAGAUUAUGCUGAAGCUAUGAAAGAAUAUGAAGCAAAUGGUGGUGGUAAAGAUAAAGCAAAAAAUGAUAAUAAAACUGAUAAAAAGAAAAAAGAAGUAACUAAGAAAAAAGAUUCAAUGUCACCAAAAACAAUGGCUGGAUCAUCAUUUAAAAGCAAAGAAUACAUUAGUGAUGAUGACAGUACUGAUGAUGAUAAAGAAUCAGCAAAGGGAAGUGAUGAUGAAAGUGAAGAUGAAAAGAAAAAGAAAAAAGCAACAAAACGUCCAGCACCAGCUGAUGAUAAAAAAUCUAAAAAAGGAAAAAAAGAAUCAUCAAGUGAAGAAGAGGAAGAAGAUGAAGAAGACGAGGAUGAUGACAGUGCUGCAUCAGAUUAAGAUGAUUAAAUAUUUUCUAUAUUAUUUUUUCUUCUUCUUUCAACAUCAUUGAUGCUUUGAAUGAUUUUUUUUAUGCUGUAUAAAGUAUUUUUUUUUUUUCCAAUAUUUUCAUUCAUUAUUUUUAUUGCUUUUAUAUAACUUAAUGGCUAAAUAAACACUUAAAACAAAAUAAUU